AUGUCAAAAAACACAUCGACAGAAUAUGUAAAGCUCAUAAGCUCAGACAGAUUUGAAUUUAUCAUUAAAAAAGAUAUAGCCCUCUUUUCUGGAACGAUAAAAAAUAUGUUAUCGAGUCCUGGUCAAUUCAUGGAGUCGGAACAAAAUACGAUUCAUUUUCGGGAUAUUAAAGCCGUAAUAUUGGAGCAAGUUUUUCCAUACUUUUACUCUACAGAUCGUUCCAAUAAUCCCACAA